AUGGGAUGGGGUCAGGCGGUUCGGCGGGCGCUGCAGUACGGGGCGGCGGCGGUGCGGGGCCCGGUCCGGAGUAUGUGUGCCCAGGCGGAGGACUGGCGCUCGGCCAAGGCCAUCUACGACUUCCACGCCCUGGACAUCGAUGGCAACGACGUCUCCCUGGAGAAGUACCGAGGCUACGUCUGCAUCAUCACCAAUGUGGCUUCAAAAUGAGGAAAAACCGCUGUAAACUACACUCAGCUUGUCGACUUGUACGCCAGAUAUGCUGAGAGGGGUUUACGCAUCCUGGGCUUUCCCUGCAACCAGUUUGGGAAACAGGAGCCCGGGGACAACGCUCAGAUUAAGGCAUUUGCUGAAAACUACGGUGUGAAGUUUGACAUGUACAGUAAGAUCGAUGUCAACGGGGACGAUGCCCACCCGCUCUGGAAGUGGAUGAAGGACCAGCCCAAAGGAAGAGGCACCCUGGGCAAUGCAAUAAAAUGGAACUUCACUAAGUUCCUCAUUAACCGGGAGGGCCAAGUGGUGAAGAGGUACAGUCCGAUGGAGGAUCCCUACGUGAUCGAGAAGGACCUGCCUGCCUACCUGUAGACCUGCUCAUCUCAGCCCUGCGCUGUCCCUUUGCCCCAGCACCGGCCCUCCUGCUGCCGUGGAGCCUUCUCACCCAGCCCCAAUGACGGUCUGUCUUCAAGCCAGCUUGCUGGUGAGGCAGACCUGAAGAUCUGGCGUGCACCUGCUGGAAGGAGGCUUCACGGGGCCGGCGGCCGCUGCCGGGCAGCGCUUUUCUACGGGCAUAAAGCAGGAGCUGGUGUCCCCUUGCAAUAAACAUAUUAAAAUGA